AUGAAUCCAUGGGCGAUCAGGAGGGUGUGGUUGCUGUCUGUAAUGCUGGUUUUUGUUGUGGGCAUAGAGGCUUUUUGGAAUACUAAACUGAAAGUAGUAAUCUAUAACGAUUUGGAAGACAAGAAGGAUCUGACCAUCCAUUGCAAAUCCAAGGAUGACGACCUCGGCGUCCAUGUUCUUUCUUACAGGGAAUCCUAUGAUUUCCAAUUCAAACCACGCUUCCUUUGGAGGACCUUGUUUUUCUGUCGCAUGACAUGGAGUGGAAAAUCGCAUUGGUUCGACAUUUACAGGGGAGAUAGGGAUGGGGGUAUUGGUUGGGGUUGCCAUGAAAGCGAUGAUUGCGUGUGGAAUGACUUAAGACCUCGUUAA